GCGCGCGUGCGUGCACAAAUGGAGGGAGAGACAGACCCUGAGGCAGGUGGCCGCUGAUGAUGGGGAGCCCAGAGAAGCGGCCAGCGGAAUAUGGGCCAAUCGUGGAUUAUUCCUACCGGGAUCUGGACACCUUGACGGAGGCCUAUGACGUGGCUGCCCGGCCUGGCCUGCGACCCUACACCUACACUGAGCAGGGCAGGAUCCUCAGCUGCUCCUUCCGCAUCAGCAACAACCAGCUUCAAGACAUCAGCUUCCUGAACGAGCUGCUCACUCACGUGCUGGCCGACCCCACUCGCCUUUUCUGGCUCGAUCUUUCCUUCAACUCCCUCGCACACAUCCAUCCUGUACUGACGACCUUCAGUAACUUGCAGAUUCUCUAUCUACACGGCAACUCCAUCAACAACCUGGCAGAGAUCAGGAAGCUGGGCACAGUGGUCCCACUCAGGAGUCUCACACUGCACGGCAAUCUGGUAGAGCUGGAGAAAGGCUACAGGGUUAACCCAUCGAUGUCCUCCCCCAGGAGCCAAGUGCUGGGGAUGAUCCCACAGCUGAAGGUGCUGGAUUUCAGCGCAGUGACCAGACAGGAUCGCUCCACUGCGGCCGUCCUCAAGGCCUUCGAAAGGCGUAGCCACACCGUCAGGAAGGGAGGGCCCAAGUAGCUUCUCCUGCCCCCAACUGCAACCCCCCCCCCCGAAACUGUCA